AUCAAAUUGUGAUCAAUUCAAACAUUGAAUCUAUUUUUCUUCCUGUAAUUCAUCUAAACAGAAAUUGGAAAAGUUAUACUAUUGGUAGUAGUAGUAGUAAUAGUCGGUAUAAUUCACAAAAAAAUGACGGUUGACUUUCUAUCAUGUGGAACAUGUUUUGUUACUUUUCGUCUCUCUGAUAUUAAUAUGUUUAUUGAGCAUAAAAAAGCAAGUUGUUGUUUCUUGAAAUCACCGUUUACUUCAAAUUUAGAAAAUAACAAAUAUCCUUCAUUGUUACCAUCAUUAACAUCAUCAUCAUCAACAUCGUCGUUUUCUUCUUCACCUCCAUUGAUGACAUUAUCAUGUUCAAAUGUUAUGGACAAUAUUAGUAAUAAUAAUCAUAAUAAUAAUAAUAAUACUUUAUUAGAAUCACAAAAUAGUAAUACUAUCUUUUUAAAAUGUGUUCAAUGCUCUCGUAAAUUCACAACUCCAUGGACAUUUUUAAUGCAUGUUCAAGUUGAACACCAAUUAAUAUUUAUUGAUACAAUUGGAAAAUUUUCUAAAACAUAUGAACAACAAUUAAAAAAUACAUUAUCAUCAAAUGUUGAAGAAUUAUUGAAUGAAACUAAUGUUGAUGUUGAUGAUAAUGAUGAGGAUGACGAUGAUGAUGAUGAGGAUGAUCAGUGUGAAAAUGGUGUACUGCAUACAAUUGAUAAAUUACUCUCAGAAAAAGUGAACAAUUCCGAUUCUGAUACAACAAUUACUUCUACUAUUACAAAUGAUGAUAAUAAAUAUAUUAGUCCUAAUAAUAAUAAUAGUAAUAAUACAAAUAGUACUACUGAUACACCUACUAUUACAAGUAACACUGCUCAUACCGAUAACAGUAGUAGUAUUAGUAUUAAUAGUAACAGUCAUAAUGCAUCAACACAAACUUAUCUAACUGGAAUUAAACAACACAGUAUACCUCAUAGAAAACGUAAAUAUGUUAGUUGUUGCAUAGGUGAAUCAACAGUGACUUGUAAUAGACUUAACAAUAUAAAAACUUGUUCAAACGUGAAAAGUUGUAAUCUUACACUUUCAUCGUGUUGUAAUAAUUUAUCGACUGGAAUAUGUCCAUAUAAUCUUAAUAGCAAUAAUAAUAAUGAUAACAGUAAUAAUUGUAAUAGUAACAAUAAUGAUAAUAGUAGUAAUGGCAGUUCUAUGAAUUCUGAUAUAUAUGUCAGUGAUUAUUGUUGUACUACAGGAUCAAUUAUUUGUAAACCGACAACAUGUUCAAAUUUAUUAAAUACUAAUGAAAUAAUUACACAAGAUACAUCAAGAUGUACUGCAUCUACGGCAAUUGUUAGUUGUUGUAUGCGUAAACUUGUCUGUUGUACAUCAACACCGGUAACAUUACCAAUAUGUUGUGAUCGAUCAAUGCAAAAUGAAAUUAAUAAUAGUAAUAAUAACAAUUUUAUUAUUCAAGAAACAAAAACUACCAAUACUGCUCGAAUUACAUGUUGUCCUUGUUCACCGAAAAGAUCAAUAAUCAGUCAGUCAUCUGAAGUACAAACUGAUUUCGAUCCAGAAUUCAGUUAUUCUGAUUAUGCUGAUUUAGCAAUGUUAUUAAAUGCAGCUACACCGACAACAAUUACAAGUCCAUUAAAUUCAAUAUUAUCACCACAAUUACCAUUAUUAUCAGAUAUGAUCAUACAACAAUCAUCAUCACCUCCAACAUCACCACAACAACAAAAUAAUGAUAAUGAUGAAUAUGAUCAAAAUAUUGAAUUACAUUUAAAAAAUGACAUAAUUAAUAAACCUUAUAUUAAUGUUGUAAAUAGUAGUAAUUCUAAAAUAACUGAUAAUUAUUUAUCACAAAUUGAUCAUAUCAGUAAUACAAAUACAGAUAUCAAUAGUGAUAAUUCAAUUAUAUUGAAUAAUUCCUCAUCAUCAUCGUCAACAAUAACGACAACAAAUGUUGACAUAGAUGUAACAAUGAAAUCAAUGCCUGUUUCGUCUGGAAAUGCCAUAAUUACAUCGAAUGUUAAUAAUAAUGAUAACAUGAUCACAUCCACUGCCAAUGUUAUCUUUCAAAUGCCAACAAUAAUGCAUACAAAUUUGAUUGCUUGUCCUAAUAUUGAUAAUAAAAGUAAUAAUAACAAUAAUGUCAAUAAGUAUUACUGUGAUUCAAUUCCACCAAGACGUUAUAUUUGUCGUGAUUGUGGUACAUCAUUUCGUCAAAAUGUUCACUUACGUAAACAUAUCAUGAUACAACAUACUAAAGUAAAACCAUUCAGUUGUCCUUAUUGUCAAUAUACAACUGUUGAAAAAAGUCAUCUUACUGUACAUAUACGUACUCAUACAGGUGAAAGACCAUUUAGUUGUCGUGAAUGUAAUUAUUCAUCCGCUCAAAAUUGUACAUUAAAAUCACAUUAUUUACGUAAACAUCCAACUAAUUUAAUUAAAUGUAAUUAUUGUUCUGAAUUAUUUUUUACUGAAUUAGAAUUAACUAAACAUCUACGUGGAUGUAGUUUAUCUUUUCGUCAACAGUAACAAAUUAUUAUUGUAAAUUGUAUUAUUUUUUUUUAAAAGAAGAAGAAAGUGAUAUUACAAUUGUAACUCCGGUGUAUUUUCUUCGUAGAAUCAUAGUAACAUGGUGUUAUUUGUACAGGUUAGGCUAUUAUUAUUAUUAUUAGCACUAUCAACAUUGUCUGUGAUUAUUUGUAUAUUAUCAUUGUUAUUUGCCGUUGUAUUCACUAUUAAUAUCAAUACUAUUACCACUAUUAACUGUUACGAUUGUCUUUGUUGCUUUUCGAUGUAUUUAUAUGAUUUAAGUCACUGACUGAUCUUAGUUAGAUAACGACUUAAAUCGAAGAAGCACUGAAUAGUUGUUCUGUCUUAAUGCGUACAUUUACAACUCCACCAGAAAUUGAACCUGAUACCUUUAGGUCGCGCUACGAAGUAUUUAAUCUCUAAACCACUGCAUUGUUGUCCAAUGGUUUACUGUCUGAUUUCAGAUGUUUCACAGCUAUUGUUUAAUGCCAUUAUUGAGUAACUGUCUCACUGCCGACAAAUUUAAACUCCACUGGUCACUGCUUUUAACUAGAACUCUGGGGAUUACUGUUGCUUACCGCUGUCAUUCAUUUCAUAUACAAAUAUACACGCUUCCUAUACGAUUGCCCAGCCUACUGUGUGAGUGAAGUGACUAAGGAGCUGUAGGUGGUAUUCGAAUGAAAUAUGCAUCCAUAAAUCUGUAUUUUUGACACAAACAAGUAUAUAUAGACCAGUAUCUUGACUGAGAACGUGAUCUGCUUUGUUCGAUAAUAUGGCUUGUGCAUCAUCUCUGACUUACGAUUUGACCUUCCAUGUUAUGUGUUGUAUGUGAAUCCUCCAGAUUUAUGAUUGAUUACAGAGUUAUGUUCGUCGAUUCCCCCUAAAUACUGAUAAUAUUGUAUUGAACAACAUAUAUAAGCGAACAAUAUUUUUUUCGAUUAGAUCCUCAUCAGGCAUAUACGAAAUUAUUAAACCAAUCAAGGUAGUUUAUAAGUCAAUGAUAACAAUGAAAACGAUUACAAAAUAAGUGAAACGUGAAAAGUACAAAUUGAUGGUGUGACAACAGGUGCAUUAGUUUUGAUAACAAUAAUAGAGGUUCAAACCAAUGUUACAUAAUCGGAAAUAGGUCAAUGAUUAGAAAAAUAUAGAAAUUGAGAUAACAAUUAUAAAGUUAUAAGAUGACGUAAUAAGAAAUGUUCAGAUAAUUGGACCAUAUUGUAUUGAUCAAAUUUUGAUGUGGUCACGAGCCUGAGUAGACAUUAGAUGUUAAAUACAUCCAAACACAUAGCAUCAAAACAUAUUACACGCGAUGUCUGUUAACUUAGACUAGUAACGAUAAUGCAUUAAAGGACUAGACUAACACGACACUUCGCUACUCACUGAUCGGAAAGUUAUACAAUAAAAUUAUAACGAUUUUCGGUACAUUAGCAAAAGUGAUCGAGUUGUUAAAUAGUCUAGUAACUUACUCAGAUCACUACCACUAAUUCCGUCAUUUCAUGAUAUAUAGAAAAUACGUUGGUGAUCAGUCCUAGGCAUAUAUUUUGAUGUCAAUGUUUACUUGUAAUCAAGACUUCUAUGAAUCAAUGUGCAUGAACUCAUGUAUUUUGUGUUCAACAAAUGAGCCAGUGAAAAGCUAGUUAAGUGGAUAGAUUUCAAAGUUCUCACUAACAAUGUGCAAUAACUAGUGGUUAUGAUUUAUAGAUAAUCAUCUCAUUGCACAUGAUCCCUUCACUAUUCACAUUUAAAUGAAGGAAUCACAUCUACAACUAUUAGCUUGCCUAAAUCAUUGGAUA